UAAUCACAUCCCCUCAAACUUCAGAGCGCACAUGAUUCACAGAUAUUCUUUACGGUUCGAUUACGGCAUCUCAAACUUAAUCAAAUAACUAACAAAAAUCCAUUCCAACUACUCCAAAUUGGCCUGACUCAGAGAAAACAGGGGAGCAAACAGAUCUCUUGCAGUUAAUGUGUUCAGAUGAAUGUGUUAGAGCAGAUUAUUGGAAUGGAUGCAGCAAAAGCAGGAGUUUUGCAUGUCCAACGGCGGAUUAUCUUCCUGGAGGAUCCAAGUGGCGUAGAUACGAAGAAACCCAAUGCUGUUUUUCCCCUAAGGACGGUUAUGGUGCUUGUUUUGAUUUUGGGCAUUACUGCUCUGCUUUCAUGGUGUUACCACUGGGAAAAAAUCAAGACUUUGUACUUCCGCCAUAGAAGCUCCUAUUUUGGGGAUAUGUCAUUUGUCCCAACUGGUAACCCAAAUGUGCCUGACGCCCACUGUGGAUCCUCAUCAUCAUGCAACAAUCCUGGGAUUGAAAAGGGAGUUGGAAUGGUUGCAGUGGUGAUGCCUGGAGAUGAGAAGCCCAACUUCAUUGCAUUGCCCUCGCCGCAUGGAACUAUAUCCUCAACUUCUGUGUCUCACUGAGACAUUUGUUCCAGAAAUCUUCUCCUGGAAGCUUGUGUAAAAGAGGUGGGAGAUAUGCAAGAUGGGCACUACAUGCCGGUGAUGAAGCGAGAAUUUCAAACGACUUCUCUGCAGGAAUCGAUCCAGUGAUCUCUAUCAUAAAACAUGCCAUGAUUUUGGGCGUUUGAUAUAGGAGAUCAGAUUUACAGACAUAUAAGGAGUAGAUUUCAUGAGAGGAGGGAAGGAGCACAGUUCAGAGAUUUUGGAGUACAUGUCACCCUUUCUGUUCAAGAGCUCUGACAGAAUUUCUUUGAGUGCUUGAAAUUGCAGAGCCUAAUGGCGUCUAUGUUUACUUCUGGUUGAAACAAGAGUGUUCUUUCAGAUUCAGCUUAGGCCAUAACUAUAGUAAGUAGGUAGUAGGAAGGAGAGUUAUUUGUUCCUUAUCUGAUGAUGAUAAUGGAGUCUGACUGGAAAUGUUGAUACUAAAAACUAGUAUACAGUUACAUCCAUAAGCAUUUCAAUCA